GAAAGUUUUUACUCAGUGUUCAGUAUACCAAAGUGGAAUCAACACCAAUCAAUGUUCCACGUUAUAUUUUGUUUCACAUUCGCUUCAUUAUCGAUUGUCUCAUUUGGAUAAUUUACUUCAACGAAGAACAUUAAUUUCUCGUAGUGUUCAGAAAAUUUUCAAGUGUGAAUAAUUCCAUCAGUGAUUUUUCCUUAAAAAAGUGUAUCAAAUCAACGUCUAAAUUUACUCAUUGUUCAUAUAAUUAACUGAUAUUACCAUGUCUACUAUUAAGAAAUCUGUACGAAAAUUAAAUGCCGGAAUCGUCACCAUAUGCAUCGUAGGUUUUACUCUUUCUUCUUAUGCACAUUACAUAGAAAAGGCAAAGGAAAAGGAUGAUUUGUACGAGGCAAUAUGUGACAUAAGCGAGCACCUUAGUUGCACCAAAGCAUUUUCUUCCGAAUACGGAAAAGGUUUUGGAAUAAUUCCAGAAACAUCCCUUUUAUAUAUGCCAAAUGCUGUAUAUGGAUUAAUAUUUUAUGUUUUGAUUGCAAUAUUAAGUUUAUGGAAUAGGUAUGUUACAUCAGCCCUCGUCGUAACGUUAGGAAUUUGUGCGAACAUCGGCACGAUUUAUCUGGCUUCCAUUUUGUACAAAUUAAACAAUGUUUGCGUAGUCUGUGUUAGUCUCUACGUUGUAAAUGCUAUUCUCUUAAUACUUGCCGUUAAAAAACAUCGAAAACUAUUUCGAAAUGGCACGAACAAAAAGAAGAAAUCGAACUAAACAUCAACCCCCUAAAAACUUUAAUUUACAGAAAGCAAUUUCUUUCAAAAAGUUCCUAACAUUAGAUUACAAUAUUAAUACC